AUGCGUGGAGGUCCCAGCAGAGGAGGCAAGGCACUGCGUGGGCCGGGUGUGUGUGACCGGCCGUGGAUGGUGCGCAGUCAGCGAUGUGUAGAGCAGACACUAGCGGGGACAGCAGCUCCUCCGGGCGGCGACGGAGGAGAGGAGCACCUCCUGGCCGCCCCUGGUCAGGUUAGUGGUGGCAGACAUUUGGUGGGCACACGGUGUCGGUACACUGGAGGAUCACAGUCAGCUGGCACGGCAGAACCUGACAGUCCUCCAAAUGAGCGCGGGGGCUUAGCUGGAAUGGUGGCAGGCACGGCCCAUUACUCUUACGAGUUCCUGUCUGGCUGGCACCGAGCUGCGGGCAACCCCAGAGACAAGGCUGGCAGAGGGGGUGUUUGUCCUGGGUACUCGAUUAGGACGAGGGCAGUUCAUGCUGCUCUGGCUGCGAGCAUGGCAUGA